GGAGAUUGAAGACAUUUUACAACACAAAUGGAUAAGUCUCAAUACAUCAAAUGUAUAUUCUUCUAAACUAAAAGUUUUACAAAUAAAUUGAACAAAUUGCUUUCAAGUUUCAACCUUUAUUUAAUCAAAAGAAAAAUCAUUAUUAUAUCAUAUAUGAAUUUCAUAUAUUAAUAUAAUAAUAUGUUCAUAUGAUUUAAAAUUCUCGAGAGGUCGGUUUGCGGAUUUAGCUUAAAACCCCCCCACCAUCGUUAUCAUCUCUGGAAAUUUUGAGAGAGAAAAAGGAGAAAGAGGCGCAACGAAACGAAGCCAUACGGAGUGAUAAACAGAUAUAGAUUGGUGAGGAGUGCAUCCGCAUGUCUUACCAACAGCAAAAUAUGGAUGAAUUUGAUUAUAUGGCUGCUGGUCAUGAAAUGGCUGAUGACAUUGAUGAUGGAGGUGAUGGAGAAUCGGGUGAUGACGAAUUUGACAUGCUUACAAAGUCGAUAGAUACGUCAUCCGCCCUUGCGAGGAAGGGACUGGACAUUCAAGGUAUUCCAUGGGAUAGAUUGAACAUUAGUCGUGAGAAGUACCGGUUGACAAGGCUUGAACAGUACAAAAAUUAUGAAAAUAUUCCUUCAUCUGGAGCAGCCGUUGAUAAGGAAUGCAAAGCAAUAGAGAAAGGAGGGAACUACUAUGAGUUCUUUCAUAAUACAAGACUGGUUAAGCCUACUAUCUUGCACUUUCAGCUAAGGAACUUGGUCUGGGCAACUUCAAAGCAUGAUGUCUAUUUGAUGUCCAACUAUUCUGUCAUGCAUUGGUCAUCUUUAUCUGGCAACUUAUCUGAAAUCCUCAAUUUUGCUGGGCAUAUAGCGCCUACAGAGAAACAUGCUGGAAGUUUAUUGGAGGGUUUUACACAAACUCAGAUUAGCACACUUGCAGUCAAGGAUAAUUUUCUUGUUGCAGGUGGAUUCCAAGGAGAGCUUACUUGUAAGCGUUUGGAUAAACAAGGGGUAAGCUUCUGUACUCGAACUACACAUGAUGAGAAUGCCAUUACAAAUGCUGUUGAAAUAUAUGACAGCAGAAGUGGUGAGUUACAUUUCAUGGCAGCAAAUAAUGAUUGCAGCAUGAGAGAGUAUGACAUGGAGAGGUUUCAGCUUUUGAAUCACUUCCAUUUUCCUUGGCCAGUAAAUCAUACGUCAGUGAGUCCAGAUCGCAGGCUGAUUGUUGUUGUUGGUGAUCACACAGAUGGAUUGAUUGUUGAUUCACGAAAUGGAACGACUAUAGGCACAGUUGUUGGUCAUCGAGAUUAUUCAUUUGCAUCUGCUUGGCACCCUGAUGGUCGCAUGUUCGCUACUGGGAAUCAAGACAAGACAUGCCGAGUAUGGGAUGUAAGGAACUUCUCAACACCCGUUGCAGUUCUGAAGGGACAUAUCGGUGCUGCUCGAUCGAUUCGUUAUUCAUCUGAUGGUCAGUUCAUGGUGGUUGCUGAACCUGCCGAUUUUGUACAUGUGUACAGCACGAGCACAGAUUACAAAAAGAGACAAGAGAUCGAUUUCUUCGGAGAGAUCUCAGGGGUGUCAUUGAGUCCAGAUGACGAGUCUCUGUACAUAGGAAUAUGGGAUAGGACAUAUGCAAGCUUACUACAGUAUAAUAGAAGGCAUACCUAUGGAUAUAUUGAUUCAUUCUUGUAGUCACUCUGUAGACAGAGGUAAAAAGAAAAAAAAAAAAAAAAAAACAUGGUUUUGAACAAGAUGUCAAUGACUUGAAAUUAAUUCUUGGUUGGAACUGUUUUUGAAGUUGUAUAUAGACGUAGUUCCUUUUUGGUUGUAUGUUUCAUGUUUAUUUGAAAAUGAAAAAAUCUACGGCUUCCAAGUGA